ACCCCCCCGCAUUUGCUUCUUGUGACUUGUACAUACUUUCGAGGCCACUGAUAAGCUGCUCGUUUCCGAUCCAUUAUAUCUUUGUCAGACUUUGUCAUGGCAAAUGACAAUAGCAAAGCCUGUAUUAUGUUUGGUAAUAUUUGGUAAUAGGUACCUAUUGGCUACUACUUAGUACUUAGUGGCUAGUGUUAAUCGACAAGAACUAGACAUUGUUAGGAAAUUGCGACUGUAUCAACGAUUCCUAUACUGUUGCCCGUCCGAUAGGUGCCAUAGCAGUACAAACUGGAUUCCUUCGACAAUUUUGAAGAUGAAUAAAACGCGAACCAUAUUCAUUUUGGACGCGGGGGCGUUGUUUACCUUACAGAUAUUGCAAUUCUUCAGUCUGGACUAUUAUGUCAUGAUUGUCUUCCAAGACACAUGGUACUCCAGAUAUCCAAACACACUGUUCCUGGUGCUCAACAUAGUGUUGACAUUACUGUUCUACCAUACUUUCCUCAACUGUUACAGAGAAUACAAAUAUGAACGUAGUAAGAAGACAGGAGAUCUAGUUGAAUGCAAAGCCAAGUAUCCCGUGUACCUAAACUGUAUCACCUGGGCAACGUAUGUGACCGUGUUGUUCAGCAAAAUAGUAAUGAUUUUUUCCAACAAUGUAAUCUCAUUGGUCUCCAACGAUGAUUUCAUGGGACCACAAAUGCUAAAGUUGCUUAUUGGCGUUUCCGGAAUUGUAUUUUAUUUGUUGAUAAGUGCUGAAUGCUUUGGACGGCAAGUAGAUCGUGAUAAAUGGCCGACAAAUGCGUGUAUCAUUGAGAUUUUUGAUUCUGUUGAAAUAUUAUCGAUAGUCAUAGCAUCAAACGUUAAAAUUGGGUACUUGGAGUAUUUGAUCUACAUUACAGCCUUUUUAAACUUUAUGUUACCAUUAUGGGUACUGUAUAAUGUAUCUCAACCUGACGUUGAUACCAAGCCAAUGGGACUUCCGCAACCAGUAUGUUAUAAUUUCAUGCAUUUAAUGUUAGUUCAAAUGCCUUUUUUGGGGAUACGGAUGUACAUGUGGAUUGUGUUCAAUCAAAAUGCAUCAGUGUUCAUUAUGAAAAAUCUGUUACAUUUAUUAUUCUUUUUGCAUUCACUAUACCCAUACAUAAAAGAAAUAUCUAAGAAAAACCAAUAUAGCCCAGAAACUUGUCACGAUGAAGAUGUGCCAGAAAUUCUUUUAACUAAUCGUAAGCAUGAUGAACCCAUUGAGUUGCUUUAAAUGAUUAUGUGUUUGAUAUGUUAAUACAAUAAUAUGACCAACCAUUGAAACAAAAGGGAU